AAGCAUUUAUAUUCAGUAUUAAAAGAAAAAGCAUCUGUAUUUUUUCUUUUUAUACUUGUAUGGUGGGAAAACUGAAAGAGCUGAAAAGGUAGAAAAAAAGCUAUGGGCGGUUUGACGCCUUUUGGGCUGGAAGCAGAGACCACCAUCACCAUUCACCAACCCACAUCUUUCUUUUUUAACAGUUAUCAAUCACUCUUCCAUUUUUAACAUAUACAUGGGACCUCAAUGCCAUUGCCAAAAAUUAUGACAAAAUUCUUUUGUAUUCGUAUUUGUAGAUAGAAAGUCUAGACAACCUAUUUCUGUUUCCUUUUUCUUUUCUUUUCUUUUCUUUCUCUUUUUCUAAUUUUCCAAGAUCGUCUGCUCAAGGACAUCUCUUCUUUUUUCUUUUCUUCCGCAGUUUCUUGGUGGGUUUUUAGAUCUGAAGUGGGUUCAAGAUUCUUUUUCUAUUAGUCUUUCCAUCUAAAUGGGUUCAUCGGGUCGAUUGUUUAAUAGACAAACAACUGUUCAUGAGAUCCUUGGAGGAGGUUUAGUUGCAGAUGUGAUACUGUGGAGGCAAAAGAAUGUUACUGGUGGGAUAUUAUUAGCAGCUUUAGCUUCUUGGGUGGUGUUUGAGAGAUCUGGUUACACUCUGUUGUCACUUUUUUCCAGUGUUGUUCUCCUCCUUGUUGCCAUUCUCUUUCUUUGGGCCAAAUCUGCUGCCAUUCUGAACCGACCUGCUCCACCUUUACCAGAGUUGCAUCUAUCAGAAGAAAUGGCAAAUGAAGUUGCAUCUUUCAUCCGCACUCAUGUAAAUGAUUUCCUCUCAGUUUCCCAAGACAUUGCCCUUGGUAAGGACACAAGGUUGUUCUUCAAAGUAGCUGGGUACCUGCUGCUGAUAUCCAUUGUUGGUGGUUUAACUGAUUUCGUCUCUUUGUGUUACACCAGUCUUGUUAUCACACUCACAAUUCCUGCACUCUAUGAGAGGCAUGAAGAUUUUAUUGAUAAAUAUGUGAAGAUGGGGUACGAGAAAUCACAGCAGUUGUAUGUGAAUUUUGAUGUGGAGUGUAUUGGCAGAAUCAGAAAAUGGAUAUUGGAAAAGCAGAAACUAAGCUGAUUUCUUUUCAUCCACGUAUCUUUUUCUUUCUGUCCUUGGAAUUGGUUUUCUUUGCAAGGUGCCAAGGAGUGCUUGGGGUGAGCAUCAUCUUCUUAUUGAGCUUUUGGGAGUGGGAGAUUUAUCUAUUUCUUUCUUCUUCUUUUCUUUUAUUGGCCUGUUAAAACAAAUUCUUCCAUUUUUGUAUCUUGAUUUUGUUUCCAGUCUUUCGGCAUCGAUAGAGAAAAUGUAUAGCAACUGCCACCACGAAUUAUAGUAAAAAUUCAGAAGAAAACAUUAGCUUUUCUUCUUUGUUUU